CGCACGGGCGACGUGUUCAGGUCGCGACAGGAAGUGUUUGAGCUGGAAGCUGUGAUGUGUUGAUUUUUGUUGUGUUGGCAAAAGGGAAAAGAACUGAACUGACUGAUUGACUUUGAGGACAUUGCCGAUGCAGCAGUAUGUUGCCCACCACAGCGUUCUCCCCUCAGAAACAGACCAAUGGCAGCCUGAACUCCCGCGAUGCCGCCCGACACACCGCCGGCGCUAAGCGCUACAAGUACCUGCGGCGCCUAGUUCACUUCAAACAGAUGGACUUUGAGUUCGCCAUGUGGCAGAUGCUCUACCUGUUCACCUCGCCGCAGAGAGUGUACCGCAACUUCCACUACCGCAAACAGACCAAAGACCAGUGGGCUCGCGAUGACCCCGCCUUCCUCGUGCUGCUCAGCAUCUGGCUGUGCGUGUCCACUGUAGGCUUCGGUCUGGUGUUAGAUAUGGGGUUUGUGGAGACGCUGAAGCUCUUACUGUGGGUCGUGUUCAUCGACUGCAUCGGCGUCGGCCUGCUCAUCUCCACCCUCAUGUGGAUUGUCAGUAAUAAAUACCUGAUGAAGCAUCCCAUUAGGGAUUACGAUGUGGAAUGGGGCUACGCCUUCGACGUGCAUCUGAACGCGUUCUACCCUCUGCUGAUCAUCUUACACUUCCUCCAGCUGUUCUUCAUCAACCACAUUGUGGUGAUCAACUCCGACUGGUUCGUGGGAUAUUUCGUGGGCAACACCUUGUGGCUGAUCGCCAUCGGCUACUACAUAUACAUCACAUUCCUCGGCUACAACGCUCUCCCCUUCCUGAAGAACACGGUGGUUCUGCUCUACCCGUUCACUCUGCUCGGACUCCUCUACGUCCUCUCCGUCACACUGGGCUGGAACUUCACUAAAGGCCUCUGCUGGUUCUAUAAGUACAGGGUGCAGUAAGGACACACUCGCGCUUAACGGCACUUUCAGUGUGGAUUCUUCUACUCUCAGAGACUCACACAUUCUCACUGUCACUUCCUGGACUUUUGUAUACUUUGUAAAUAAACUGUUUGUAGGUAAAGACGAGAAAGAAUGUGGGAAAUGUUUAUAAUGUGUUCUUUUUUAUUUUAAGCUUGAUUUAUUUAACUGAUCUGAUUUGGUGAAAAGCUGAGGUUUGAAUGUAGACUUUAAUGUGUUAUGAUGGAAUAUGUUUGAGGAUAUUUCAUGCUCCUUGGACAGAACAAGUCUAAUAAACAGGUUUUUACA